AGGUCAGAUUCUGGGGCUGGCUGCACCUAGUACUAACUCGAAGGGGGUAACGGGUGAUAAGUAGGAGUCUAGGAAGGAACGCAGGGACUGUGCCUUGGCCGAAGGUGUUGGUCUACCUGGAGGGGCGCCCAGCAAACUUCCAAGAGGGCAGAAGCAAGGAUAGGAUGCCCUUGUCCCCAUUCCUGGACAGAACUGCGUCGCGGGAAUGUUAGGAUCCGGAGAGGGGCCAGGGUAUGGGAGGUUGGGAGAGAGGGCGAUAGGACCCGGCGGGAGCUGCUUUGGCCGGGGAGGGAACCGGGCGGGAGUAAAAGAGGGAGGGAGAGAGAAAAAGGGAAGGUGCUGAGGAGCGGGCGUCCUCACUCGCUGCGCCGCACGAGUUGCUCGGCUCGGGUGGACCGGACCUGGACUCUAUAAAAGGAGCCAUCCGCUCUCUUGCUCACACGCUCCUCGCGGGCUGGCGCACGCCGCUUUCCUCCCGCUCCCCCAGACACCUGCCCCUUAUCGGCGUACGGCGCCAGGUCCCCCAGACCCGUGCGCCCAGCAGCAUGGCUCCGAGCGGUGCCCGCGGGACCGAGGUGGCAGCGGUGGCGCGGUUCGGGCAGCCGCAGCCCCAACCUCCGAGUCUCCUCUAUUACCGCUUGGUCUCCGCGGGGCAGCUCGCCGGAGUGGCCAGCGCGUGAAAAGAAGGGAGGGCAGAGCUCCGGCGCGAGGCGCGGCGCAGAGCGGCUCCCAGACUUUACUCCACCCAGCUCCGGCGGCCAGAGCCACCGCAGGAAACAGCCCCAGCUUGGGGAGGGGGGCGGGAAUGCGAGACCAGGACUUCUCGCUGGCCUGCAAGCUUUGGUCUCGACAGCUAGGAAACUCCUGCGGGCCGAGUCUGCAGAUCUGGGAGCGUCCGGGCUAGGAGACUCUCAGCCCCGAGCAAUUGGGGUAAGAGACCCCACCUGACUGAUGAUCCCUCCUCAGACAAUACAGACCCCUGCUCCACUAGACGUCCUGGAGCGAGCUCGGACGACUGGGGUUCGGUGGUUCGUCCUUAGCAAACCCAGUCUAAGAACGGGCGUGGAGAGAGCUGCCGGAGACCCAGCGGCGGUGCCAGGCGCACGGGAAGUGCGAGGAACGCGCUCCGCUGCCGGGGCUGCCGCGCCCUUGACCUCUAGGUUCUGCAGGGAGUCUGGGUGGAGGAGUAAUUGAGGAACCGCGGAACUAAUUAACAACCGGAGGACUAGACUGUGUUUCCUCUGCGGUUUUUCCGUUUUCUCCCUGGUCAACUCCUUGCCCAGGAGCUGCGCUCAGGGUCGCAGGUAGAGAGAGCCAUGGAGGAAACAGGCGCUCAGUGCGCCCAGCCGCCGCCCGCGGGCGCCCAGACCCAGGCUUCUCAGGCCAACCUCUCCGCUGCUCCCUCCCAUAAUUGCAGUGCCGAGGGCCACCACAUUUACCAGGACUCUAUCGCCUUGCCCUGGAAAGUACUACUGAUCUUGCUGCUGGCGCUUAUCACCUUGGCCACCACGCUCUCCAAUGCUUUUGUGAUCGCCACCGUGUACCGGACCCGGAAGCUGCACACCCCGGCUAACUACCUGAUCGCCUCCCUGGCGGUCACCGACCUGCUUGUAUCCAUCCUGGUGAUGCCCAUCAGCACCAUGUACACGGUCACUGGCCGCUGGACGCUGGGCCAGGUGGUCUGCGACUUCUGGCUGUCUUCGGACAUCACCUGUUGCACUGCUUCAAUCCUGCACCUCUGUGUCAUCGCCCUGGAUCGCUACUGGGCCAUCACGGACGCCGUGGAGUACUCGGCCAAAAGGACUCCCAAGAGGGCGGCGGUCAUGAUCGCGCUGGUGUGGGUCUUCUCUAUCUCCAUCUCGCUGCCGCCCUUCUUCUGGCGUCAAGCCAAAGCCGAGGAGGAGGUGUCAGACUGCGUGGUGAACACCGACCACGUCCUCUACACAGUCUACUCCACGGUGGGCGCUUUCUACUUCCCCACCCUGCUCCUCAUCGCCCUCUAUGGCCGCAUCUACGUGGAAGCCCGCUCCCGGAUUUUGAAACAGACACCUAACAGGACCGGCAAGCGUCUGACACGAGCCCAGUUGAUAACUGACUCCCCAGGGUCCACAUCCUCGGUCACUUCUAUUAACUCGAGGGCUCCCGACGUGCCCAGCGAAUCGGGGUCUCCUGUGUACGUAAACCAAGUCAAGGUGCGAGUCUCUGACGCCCUACUGGAGAAGAAGAAACUCAUGGCCGCUAGGGAGCGCAAAGCCACCAAGACCCUGGGCAUCAUUUUAGGAGCAUUUAUUGUGUGUUGGCUGCCCUUCUUCAUCAUCUCCCUGGUGAUGCCUAUCUGCAAGGAGGCCUGUUGGUUCCACCUGGCCAUCUUUGACUUCUUCACGUGGCUGGGUUAUCUCAACUCCCUCAUCAAUCCUGUCAUCUAUACCAUGUCCAAUGAGGAUUUCAAACAAGCCUUCCAUAAACUGAUACGCUUUAAGUGCACAAGUUGACUUGUCAUUUGCAAUGGGGCCACCUAAACGCCCUUUGGGGACCAUGUUGUGGUUGGGUCCAAAGGUAGGUUGACUCUUCUUUCACUGUUUCACUGUUACUGGGUCGAAAUGAGGCUUUCUCUUCUGGGCAAGAGCAACGGAUCCUGAGAAGCCAGGACAGCCCCAGAGAGCUCUGAAAGGACUUCAGACUAAAGUUAGAGCUUCCCUGCUGAGGAGGAGGCUCAUUUCCUCUCCUCAAAUCCCUGAUUCAGCACUGACCCUGCAGCAGCCAAUCACCAUGGGGUUACAAUUUUUUUUUUUUAAAGUCCUUGAUGGAAAGGGGAUUCAGCCCUGCUUUGGUAUCAUGGAUGAUGCCCUCUAGAACCAGUGGUACUUGUAGUUUGUUGUCUGAAACCUGCCUGAAGCACAUCUCCAUACAGCCUGGCAGUACUUGAACUAGACACUUAAUACCUGGUGUUUUGGGGAGGACUUUGUGUUACAUUUCAUUUAAGAACAGUUACUUUGGCAUCCUUCAGUCUUCAGUUUUGGUUUAUUUAAACUUGAUUGGGAAAAACUUGUGGAUUUGGUGCUUCAAACCCUAUGUGUGUGGCUUGGAUGACAUGGAGAAACCUUGAAGAGUUAACAGCAAAAUUAUGAUGUUAAGAUCUCUAUUUUUAUUAUAAUUGAAAUUAUAUGGGGUGGGUGGGUGGGAAUGGGAGAUGGGGAAUGUUAAACUGAGAAACAACACCUAUGAUUGUUUGUUUUCUGCAGAUUUGUAAUUUUUAUUCCUAUUUAGCAAUCGUCAAACCACAUCUCUAACAACUCAAACAAAACAUUUGUGUGCUAGUGCCAAAGUCUGCAGAUUGCUUUUGUUUUUCCUCCUAAUUUCAUGUACCUGUCACUUUACGCAUUUAAAUCCCCAUAAAUAGAGGAUACGAUGGGUGACUCAGCCCAAACUGCUGCUAUAUGUGUUAUUAAUGCACUCUAUUAAACUGAUGAGUAUUAGAUAUAUACUGCUUCUUAACAAGAAAAGUAUCUUUAUUACUUAUCCAGUUCAGUGAGAUGUAAAGGAGACUGGUGAAAUAGGAAUAAUUCCUAUAAAUUAAAGAAUGGGAGGAUGUAUAUUAUGACUUGUAAAAAAUCUUAAAUGCAUGAUAGUCAUUUGCACUCUCCUUUCCAUCUGUAAUUUGUUUGCGUGCUAUCAUAUAAAGUGGCCAUGGGAACACUCCAGCAAUCUUCAAAGCAUAGUAAGAACCCUAAAAACUAUUAAAGAAAAAAAAAACUUGUUUUUUUUUCCCCUCGCUAUUGACGUUUGGGCAGGACAGAGGUUACUAGAAGAUGACAUGUAAAGACUUUAGAAAAGUAUAGAGAAGGUGCAACGUGAGUCUGUUUUCCUGUAACUCAUGGAAGUAAACUUUGGACUUACAAGACAAUUAGGAAAAUCACAAAGCCCUGAACCUGGGAAAUUUGUUACUGACCUGAAACCUCAAUGAAAUAUCAGAAAUACUUGAAGUUAUCCAUCUCUCUAAAUUUCAGAAUUACUUAGUUACCUCAAAUUCACCCUGAAAACCCCCAACACAGGGCAAGAUUACAUACUAAAAGUUGAAAAAUGAUUUAUAAAAAAGAGUAGCCCUGAAGGAUCAUUUGCAUAGAAAAAAAAAUAGAUAUGUGGAACAUUUAAAAUGCCAAAGAAGAUUCAUACUCCAUUCUUCAGAGAGCUUUCUGCAGUUGAUACCUUUUGUCUGCCAAAGCAAGUUGUCUUUGUAAAACAGAUUCACUCCCUGCUGCAGCUCCCCAGUCUAGACUGUCAGACAAUAGCUGUAUUGAGCUGAAGUACACUGCUUGCCUACUGUGCAGACUUUCAAUCUGAGGUAAUGACUCUUGAAAAUAUACUAUUCAAAGGUUCACUUGUAAACUAAGUAAAAAAGGGAAUUUUGAUCAACUUUUACACCUGUCACCGGAGUAAGAUAAAAUUGUAAGCAUUAUAUAAUCCUAGAUUUUGGCUGUAUCCCUAAGUUUCUUUGUUCAUUUUUUUGUGACAUUUCUCCUAUGGAGAAUUCUAGCUUGCUAUUGAUAGGAAUGUGCAUAGAGCACGGUGUGUUUAUUUUUAUGUUAUUAAUAUGUUUGUCUUUUGUUGAUGCAGCUGUGUUUUCUUUGGACCUAAGCAGCAAUUAAGUCAGCUUCUAGGAGCCUGAGGGGGGAAAAUUAAUUGAAACAAAUAGCCUCAUACAAAUGAUUUCUUUAUAGGGCACCUACAAUGAUUGUGUCCUGAUCUUAACAAAACAUGGUCAAUUUAGUCAAAUGGGUUGUAAAUUAGAAUUACAUAGAUUACUUACCUAAUUUUUGCUUGACCAUUUGGCUGAAUUGGUUGGAUUUGGGUUUAUUUUGUGAAGUAGAAGCUUGCAAUCCCUUGUAGUUUUAAGUGAUCUAGAAUCAUCAUUCAACAUUGCACAUAAUUAUGCAAAGUGUAUUAUUCAUCCCAGGGGUAUGUAGUUAAGAUUGUUAAGCUCCUUUUCAGUUACUGCUGCCGAUAGCAUAGUUUGUUUCAUAAACUAGACAUAUGGCCUUUUUGCAGAACAUAAAAUGGGAGAUGGAAAUAUUUAACUUACAUAAAAAUGAAAACAUUUUCAUUGGCCGUGGUAACAAAUAACAUUUUCCACAUUGUUUAAUUGCACAAAUUUUCACACAAAUAGACGAAUGUAUACUCAUCCCAAAAUACCAAUAUUGUCUUGUGUUUCUAGGAAUUUUAGAGUUUCCUUUUUACGAAUGAACACUGCACCCAUGAAUGAAUCAUUAUUGAGUCCAAUCAAUUUCCUACAGAACAGUAUUCUUCGCUUUUCCUCUCUAUUAUCUUACUUUUAUCUUCCUUAACCAAGAAACCCUGAGAGGACUAUAAUUCACUCAAGAAGUAAAAUCUUAGAUUAUGUGUCUUCGGUGAAGUUACAGAUUAUGUGACUGGAAAUGCCUUUCGUACUCCACCUUUCAACAAAUGUGUAAUUGGAAAUGAAAUUUGGGAAAAUAAUGAAAUAAAAGUUCUUUUUGUGUUCUAAAAAGCAUUGGGUAGUAAUUCCAUUUUUUUGUAAAGAUUGUUUCAUUGGGUUUUAAGUUUCAUUUAGGAAUUUGAGCCUUCAAUAGAGGAUUAAUUGAUCAUGAAGGACACUGGUGGCCUGGCAUGUACUGUCUUAAUUUGGAGAGAUUUAGUUUAAUUCUGUAGGAAGAAUUUAAAAGGAAUUAGGCAGAUUGUGCUGUUGUGUUUUAUAAAGAUGAUAAGUCAGGUCCACUAUCCUAAGAGUUUUCUGGAUCAGCACUCUUAGAACACUUAGUCUUCAGGCUUGGUUGUGAGAUUGCCAGGUACUAUAUAGUGCUUGCAAUACAGAACAAAGAAAAAAGAAUGAAGCUCAUUAUAGUCAGGCUUGUGGGAAACCUAAUAGAGGGAGACUGACCUAUCUGAACACCAGAAAAGCAGACUGAACAAUAGCUUUAGGAAAACAAAAAAUUCUAGGUUUGAAUUGUCAAUAGAGCACAGUAUAGUGAUGUGUUCUUCCUUCAAUGUAGCCUACUUAAGUUUGUGCAAAGACUUGGAUCCUCUACAGGUGAAGCACUUAUCCAGACACCUGAUACACUUUUGGCUCUCAGUAGAUGGCACUUCCUUUUUAGUCAUUAUUUCUCAAUUGCCUCCUUUGCAAUUGCGAUGUAGCUGUGACACUGGAAAACUGAGGGCAAUUUGAGAGAGAGUGCAUAGAGAAAGACCAAACAAGCCUGAAUGGGAGAAAUUUGGCUAAACAAGAAAUGAUGAAGGUUUGGAGCUUUCACACCUACUCCCUUAGGCUGGUGACAUGUAGACCAAAGGCCAGAAGGAAUUCAAGAGGUGAUUUGCAGUGACCUCUAAGGGCCAAGAGGAAAUUGCCAAAUAUUUUAUUUCAUAGAGUAUCCUCUUUUGUCAUCACACGUUCUUCUCUUUCUUCUUCUUUAUCUGGAGAUUUUCAGCUAUCUUUCCAGAGUCCAUAGUGUUCCUCAUCACAUCCACAUCUUUCCCCAUUGUCUUAUUUUCUACUUCUGUGCUUUUUUAAAAAAUAUCUAUGCAAAGCCAUGAUUGCCAAUGAUAAUGAAUGCAUUGCUCUAACAUUGUCCUCAUUUUAGCUGUGGGAGAGCUGAUUAGAUAGUACAGGGUUUUAUAUUACAUGAAAGAAAAUUGUUGAUCCAAAUUAAUGUGUAGUUGUUGGGCCACAAGCUUUUAACUGGGGCACCUACUGUAAUUUUCAGAAGGGAAGAGGCUAGUAUGGGAAGGGUGUGGAAAUGAAGCUAUUCUGCAGCUUUUAUCAAAACCCAUCCUUGAACAUCCCACCAGGGGGCAGAGUGUCUCUGAGUUGUUGAGAGGAGGCAGGUGUCACCACUGAAUCUCUUAACAACCUCUUCCAGAAUCCUGCAAUUGGAGUUGUCUCCUCUAAGCUCAGUGAAAAAAGAUCACUGAGGCAAGUGAUCAUGUAUUUAAAUUAGCAGGUUUUUCAGAACUGUAAAUUUAAGCAAAGGAUCCCUAAAACCAACCUAAAGUUUUUCCUCAUAUAUGCAAAAUCAGUUAUUUUCUUAUACAUCUCUUUUCCUGAGAUAAUGCUAAAGUCUUACUGUUUUAAAACUUUGUGACUUUUGGUUAAUGUGUCACUGGGUGAAGUCAGGAGUUAGUAGACAAAGAAUUUAUGUUCAAAAUAAAAGGAGCCAAUUAUUUACUUAAACUUACUUUUCACCACUCUGAUUUUCCUCUUGUUUUUCUUUCAAAAUUUCGCUGGUUUGAGGUUGAAUAUCCACAGCUCCAAGGUAGAAGAACACUUGCCAUUUACCAUUUAAAGAGAGAGCUGUUUCUUGCACAGAAGCAAGGUGUCCUUAUAUGUCAGUUUUUUUCCCCAGAAGGUAGACUUUUAAGUCUGUGUAAUUCACAUUUACUUUUAAAUCAGGCAUAUAUAAAUGUGAGUACAUCUUAUGUAUCACAAUAAUGCGUUUCUGUGUCAGAAAAAUGGAUCAUAUAAAUGGGAAAACAAGUGAGGUUAUAUUGUUGCCAUUCCUCCUUAACUCUUACUUCCUAACAUUUUCACUAUCCCCAGUGGGGAGUUUUCUAUGUGCCAUUUCACACAGCUGUCAGAUAAAUCAGAAUUUUAAAGUCAACAUCCACAUUUUAGGAUUAUACUAGGAUUUUCGGUGCUCCCUGAGAGAGAGUCAGUCCCUGGAGUUGGGCCAGCUGACAAAGAGAGUGACUUAACACUAUUCCAAGUAUAUUUUGUAAAAGAAAAUGUCCAUUUCUUCUCAUUAAUUUGUACAUAUUUAAAAAUCAGAGAAAUAAUUUUCAAAGCUAUGAAUAGUCACGUAACAAGAAUGGUCUUAUAAUAUUUCCUGUACCUAAAAUGAACAGAUGGUGAUAUAGGGAUCCUUUUAUGGUGAAUGCGUAAAAGGAUCUACACAGGACUUGCUAAAAUGAUGCAUGAUGGCAUGACUCACUUCCUCCCUGAUUCUGUGGGAACAUUCCACACCAGUCUCUGAUUGGUCACCCUGUAUGUGAAUAAGUAGAUUUUAGGAGAUCUGUAGGAGUAAAUGGGUCUGCAGUGAUAGAGCAGUCCACAAAGGGUAGGUAGGUUAUGUUCCAGUUCUGCCCAGUGUAAUUUUGUAAACACACCUAGUUACCUCUUCUAUGCCCAGUGCUAAUUCUUUUGGGAUUGUGUGUCUAGACCUAUACCUCCCCCUGAGGAGUCAUCAAUCCAUUCUUAGUUCAUUGAAUAAUCUCAAUAGGUUCAACACCGGGCUGAUAUAUUUUUGUGGAGAAGCAAUUUUAUGGCUCUUCAUCUUUCAACCUCAGUCAUGUCUGAUCUUAAGGUCCUUGAGUCCAUUCUCUUUUCCCUAUCCCUUAGAAGUUUUACUCACAGAGUCUUGGGUGUUGGAGUAAUGACACAGUGGGAAAUUUGGAAUAAAUUACUGGCAUGAAGGUCCCCAACAUAUUAGUAUGUUUCAAAUGCAAGAACAAGUCCUUGAAGUCAGAAGGACCUGAGUGUAAAUCCAUGGUUUGUGAUCAUGAGCAAGUCCCUCUAUAAAUAAGCAUACUCUAUAUUUGUAGGUAAAAAUUAAGUGGGAUAAUGCAGUUGUUUUCGACUGAGGCUGCAAUUUGAUUUAUCAGGGGAGCUUUAAAAAUACCUUUGCUCAGACCCUGCCUCACACUAAUUAAAUUAUAUCAUCUGGAGCAGAGCCUGAUAUUCUUAUUUUAAAAAUUCUCCCCAAAGUAUUCUAAUGUGUGGCCAGGGUGAGAGGCACUGAGAAUUUCUGUGUAAAGCUAUAGGACAGAGCCUGCCACACACAGGAUCUCUGGAUGUGUAGGGGGACCUUGAAUGAAAUGGAAGUCUGGUGGAUUUCAUUUUACUU